AUGGGAACACAAUACGCAUCGGCCGUGGAAGGGCUCACGCAAGCCGGAUACAAGGCAUCAUGGACCAUUGACAGCAAGAACUGGACGGCACUUGGGGAAGUCAUGACAAAAGACAUCUACUACGACAGCUCAAGCCUGGGAGCCUACGGAGGGAAAUCAGUCGGUCUAGACGAAGUCACAGCUGCUAUCAGCGCCGCCGGUAAAAACGCGAAGACCGAACACCUCGUCACAAACCUCUAUGUCAAAGAGCUGCAGACUCCGACCAAGGCUAGAGUCAUCACAUACAUUACAUGGUCGCAUUGGGUGGAAAGUGCAUUGAAAGACAUCACCAAGACUUUUAGGAUCUAUUACAUGUGUGAUGACAUUUGGGUGAUUCAGGAUGGAGCUUGGAAAAUGCAGCAUAGUAUUGUGCAGAAUAUGGGGUAUAAGGCUGAGGCUCCGUACUUUGGUUGAGAUAUUUGCUCCUCUUGGUGUUGAAAACGAGUAUGUCAUAAUGGACGACCAUGUUACAGACAGACAGACAACAUGUGUUGACCGCCGUAUCGUAAUCAUAACAAGCCGCUUCCUUCGAUCCA